GCCCGGUCGGGCGGGCGGGAAGAUGGCGACGGUGGCGGCGGCGGGCGGCCUGGUGUGGGGCUGGCUGUGGGACGAGCGCUUCUGGUUCCCGGCCAACGUGACCUGGGCCGAUUUGGAGCGGCAGGGCGCCGGGCACGAAGGCGGCUACCCCCGCGCCGUCCACGUCCUGGGCGCCCUGCCCUUGGCGGUCGGCAUGCUGCUCCUGCGGCGGCUCUUCGAGAGGUUUAUUGCCAAACCAUGUGCCAUUCGAUUUGGCGUUCAAGACAGCAAGCCUCACAGAGCUCAACCCAAUGCAAUUCUAGAAAAGGUGUUUACGUCUAUCACUAAGUGUCCAGAUGCAAGACGGUUAGAAGGUUUGUCAAAACAGCUAGAUUGGGAUGUCCGGAAAAUCCAGCGCUGGUUUCGUCAUCGGAGGAACCAAGAUAAACCACCCAUCCUCACGAAAUUCUGUGAGAGCAUGUGGAAGUUUACAUAUUAUAUAACUAUAUUUUUUUACGGGCUCAGAUUUCUUUGGUCGUCACCCUGGUUUUGGGAUACGCGACAAUGCUGGUACAACUACCCUUUUCAGCCCCUAACUUCUAGCCUUUAUUACUAUUAUAUCAUGCAGCUGGCCUUUUACUGGUCACUUACAUUUUCGCAGUUUACAGAUAUUAAGCGAAAGGAUUUCUUGAUGAUGUUUAUCCACCACUUGGCUGCAAUUGGACUCAUUACCUUCUCUUAUAUUAACAACAUGAUACGGGUAGGGACCUUGGUUCUGUGCCUUCAUGAUUCAGCAGAUUCCCUGUUAGAAGCAGCAAAACUGGCCAAUUAUGCCAAGUAUCAGCGACUGUGUGAUUCUACCUUCAUUCUGUUUAGUGUUUUCUUCAUUGUUACUCGUUUGGGGAUUUUCCCUCUCUGGAUACUUAAUACAACUCUGUUUGAAAGCUGGGAACUGAUUGGUCCUUAUCCAUCAUGGUGGCUGUUCAAUGGACUUCUUUUACUCAUACAAACUCUACAUGUCAUCUGGUCUUUUUUAAUCCUUCGUGUUGCCUACAAGGCCCUAGCACAAGGAAAGGUAUCAAAAGAUGAUCGCAGUGAUGUGGAGAGCAGCUCUGAUGAAGAUGAUGCAACUUCAAACAGCAGGAAAGGAAUCCGCAGCACUUCAAGCAAUGGCGCCAAUCGGAUUAACGGUCACAUAAGUGGUGGCCAAUAGGCAGGCAAGGAAUAAGGCUGGGGGUGGGGAGACCUCCAGAAAAUAGAGACUCGUGUUCAAAUUCCUAGAUACAGUGAACUCUACAUUUCUGACUAUUUCCCUCAUCAGCUCAGGCUUGAAGGGAGUGGAAGCAAAGAUGCACAAUCCCAGGCUGCUUAAUCUGAAAUGAUUUAGUUAGUAGGAAUGAUAAGUACUGUAGAGAUUCACUAAAGCUGCAGCUAUCUAGCAGAACACUGGCCUGGGAUUGUCCUGUAGCUAAUGUUGUCAUCACUGUAGCUGUACAGGGAACUCCCUUAAAUAAAUGACAGCCUCAGGGAAGUUAAUUUCUCUGUUGUAGGAUGUGAUGAACUCAUUCUGGCCUGCUCUAAAAAUAAUUUUUAUUUUUUUCUAGCAAAAAUUGUUCAUUACUUACUCAGAAUGGAAGCGUAGUCUCGCCUUUAAUAAGCCCUCUCCCCAAAUAACUGCAUACUUUAAUGGUGUAGAUGCAUUUAAAAGGCCCGGUGCUAUUCCUACCAAAUGAGGCAACAUCAUGUGCUCAGAGUAUUUCUGUUUUGACUUUUGAAAGAUAUUUUUCUUUUUUCAUGUAUCUUAAAAAAGGUAUAGGAAUGAUGUUGUAGAAGCUGCCUCAGUGAUCACCCACCUGUGUACAUUUUUCUUUGAAAAACAGGGUUGCAUUUACCUGUAACUGUUGUUUAUCGAGAACUCUUCUGUGCAGUCCCACACUAGGAGACUAGCAAGCUCACUGACUGAAAGAAGAGGGUGUGAAGCUCUUGGAGGACUGUCUUCCCAAUCGAUGCUUAGCGUCCCACAUUGACGCACAUUCAUACUAGGUGCCAGCAAUAUAAACUUUAUAAAGGACACAGGCAAACCCAAUUAAUAUUAUUUUUUAUUCAGAAUACAAAAAUUAACAGUCUGACAGUAUUUCCUUUAUUUAACUGACACCUCUUGUUCUGAACUAUUGCAUCAAAAUCUGGAGUUAAAGUCUGCGCUGCAGCAGUUUUGAGUAUGGUGUUCUGGUGUGUUUCUCUGUAAGUUAAGAGUGUACUUUUGAUUUAUUGACAUUCAUUACAGAAAACAGCUUUUCACAUUGUCCCAAACGUAGACAGAAUUUUAGAAGCAAAAAACAAGUUGGGAGCAGUUUGGACCCAGAAAAUGGUAAAAUUUGCUAAUGCUAACUUCAGAAAGCUUAUCCUUCAAUUCAGCGUCACACUGCAGAUCAGUCAUGUCUCUCUGGAGCUCCUCUGGAAUCAUCCAUGAGAUUCCAGAAAAUGGAUGAGAUCCACAGAAAAUGGAUUAUGGAAAAUUUCAAAAUCUCUGUAUAGGUUUCUGAAGACAGAAAAUCUUUCUUGGAAUUCAUUUUUGAGGUCAGAAUUUUUUCUCCUUUUCUGUGGAUAUAUGAUAACUAGACAGAUUUCAUGGUACGGAAGUGCUCCAAAUUAUUUUCUUGAAGUUGUUUUCCUCACAAUUGAAGCGUCAUUUCAAAGGCACAAAUGCUGUCAUAAAACUGUCAAAAUUUUGUUUUGAACCUACAUCUUUGUGUUGAGACAGUUCAGGUGUUCUGUUAUAUCCGCCAUAAAAGCAAGUACAAAGCCAUUCAUUAUCUUGUCACUCAAAAACAGCCUUUCCUUAUCUAUACUUUUAUUUCACUUCAUAGUUCAUAAAAGUGUCUCAGUAUAGCUCCACGACUUAACCAUCACACUUCAGUAUGAUACUGUGCCCCAUGUCUGAUGAUGCUUUGCGGCUCGAACAAAAUUACCUCUGGCUCGAAUAAAAUUAACUGUUUUUAUGACCAUACUCAUCAUAUUAUCCAUCUUAAAUAUUUUACUGCACAAUGUCCUGGUGCAAAAUGCAAUGAAAAUUGAAAAACUUAUGAUGUAGGUUUGCAGUUACGAAUUUUCCCCGAGUUUUGGAGCAACUCCAGCUUUCCCCCCCCCCAGCAUCUGUGGUGCUCCAUCUGUGGCCAGAUUUACCGCUUUUGCCCAGUUGGUACCUAUUUUAUCCAGAGCUUCUACAGUGUUCUUGAAGACGUCAUCACCUGUGGUUGUGUCUUUCAUUGGAACUAUUUCUACAAAUUCAUCUGUAACAUGCGUGUUUUCAUCAACUCCACGAAUAAAAAUUGCAAAAUGUGCUAAGU